AUCGUCAUCGACGCCUGACCUCAAGUUCUUUAGGAGCAAAACCCUACCUUCUCUGAGAACAAUGGCCGGAAGAGGAAAAUCCCUCAGUGCUCGCACCGUCAAGAAAGGUGCCUCUCGGAGCAGCAAAGCAGGUCUGCAAUUUCCCGUGGGUCGGAUCGCCCGCUUCUUGAAGUCCGGGAAAUACUCCGACCGUCUCGGCGCUGGCGCCCCAGUCUAUCUCGCCGCCAUCCUUGAAUACCUCUCCGCCGAGGUCUUGGAAUUGGCUGGGAAUGCUGCGAGAGAUAACAAGAAGACUCGGAUUGUGCCUCGGCACAUUCAACUGGCGGUGAGGAACGAUGAUGAGCUGAGUAGGUUGCUGGCGAACGUGACUAUCUCAAACGGCGGCGUUUUGCCGAACAUUCACAACUUGCUCUUGUCCAAGAAAAUUGGCAUGGGAUCGAAAGUUGAACAAGAAAGUUGAGCUCUGUUGAUUGUUUGAUGCAGAAACGUUCGUAAAUUCAGACUGGUUUUGCUUGUAAUUGAGAAUAUCUACAGAUAGUGUAGAGCAUUUGUAUCAGAUAAUGGAAGAAAGCUUUCUUAGUUUUGAA